CCAGUAGCGGAGUGAAAUUCAGAUUAUGUGCCGCGGCGCAUUGAAGGGUUCAUGGGGUGAACUCCUCGAAGCUGAAGUAUUCCGUAUGCCAAUAAAGCAAGUAGCAUGUACUUGACAAGGACCCAAAGGGAAAAGAGAGAGAGAGAGAGAGAGAGAGAAGCAGCUGUUGGAGGAGGCGAGUCAGACAAAGGAGUGGGGGGGCUGUCCUUACUUGCUCUUCAGUGUGUGAGGACUGUAUGUAGGAGGAGGCGCAGACAGCAGGAGAAAGAAGAGGAGUGAGCAACACAGUGGUUCGGUGUGUGGAGGAGCUAUGUAGAUACAAAAAUUGUUCCAAAGUGUGUGUUGUGUUGUUGCAGGAAGUUCAACACCUCCUCUUCGGCCUCCCGCCGUGCCGAGGGACCAUGCAGCAGGGGUGGACUCUGCUCUGGCUGGGGGCGCUCCUGCUGGGGCUCCUGGUUGCCGGUUCGGACUUCCAGCAUCACCGCUAUGAGGAUUUGGUGCGAGCCCUGUUUGCAGUGCAGAGCGAGUGCCCCUACAUCACCCGUAUCUACAGCAUCGGGCGCAGCGUUGAAGGGCGCCACCUCUAUGUGCUGGAGGUCAGCGACAACCCGGGUAUCCAUGAAACACUGGAGCCCGAAUUCAAGUAUGUGGGCAACAUGCACGGCAAUGAAGUGCUUGGGCGUGAGCUGCUCAUCAAGUUCGCCCAGUUUCUGUGUGAGGAGUAUCGGGCCAGAAACCAACGGAUCGUGAGCCUAAUCCACGACACACGCAUCCACAUCCUGCCAUCCAUGAACCCCGAUGGCUAUGAGGUGGCUGCCAAACAGGGUCCAGAGUUCAACGGCUACCUGGUGGGCCGAGGAAAUGCCAGAGAUUAUGAUUUGAACCGGAAUUUUCCAGACCUGAAUGCGCUCAUGUACUACUAUGAGAAGAACAAUGGGCGAAACCAUCACCUGCCCCUGCCAGACAACUGGGAGCAACAGGUUGAGCCAGAAACACUAGCUGUCAUAAAAUGGAUGCAAAACUACAACUUUGUCCUGUCGGCCAACCUUCAUGGAGGAGCUGUCGUGGCCAACUACCCCUUUGACAAGUCUAGAGACCCCCGCAUUCGAGGAAGAACGACAUAUGCAGCCACUGCGGAUGACAAAAUCUUUAGAAAGUUGGCGAGGACUUACUCGUACGCUCACAGCUGGAUGCAUAAUGGAUGGAACUGUGGGGACUACUUUGAUGAGGGGAUCACCAACGGGGCUAGCUGGUACUCUCUGUCCAAAGGCAUGCAAGACUUCAAUUACCUCUACACCAACUGUUUCGAAAUCACCUUGGAACUGAGUUGUGAUAAGUUUCCUCCAGCAUCAGCACUACGCAGAGAAUGGCUCGCCAACCGAGAAGCUCUGGUGUCAUACCUGGAACAGAUACACCAUGGGAUCAAAGGAAUGGUGUAUGAUGACAAUAGCAAUCCCAUUCGCAAUGCUGAGAUCUCUGUGGCUGGCAUCAACCAUGACAUAACCACUGGAGUAGAUGGAGACUAUUUCAGACUUCUGUUACCAGGCACCUACACUGUCACAGCAUCUGCUCUGGGUCACAUCCCGUCUACCACUACGGUCACAGUGGGACCAGCAGAGGCUAUACAGCUUAAUUUUUACUUGAAAACAGCGCCGAAACAAAACCUGAAAGUGAAGCCUCACAACAGCAAGAAGAACCUCUUGUCAAACAAAAUCCCCUUAAAACUGGGCCCGAGAUGAGCCAUGGACAAUAACUGCAUGAACAAAUAAACACACUGAAAACAGGCACACACAUAUACAAAUGAUGGAAAUGAUAAAUGUAUGUAUGUAUGUGAUUUUACCCGUGUAGUCCCAUCAUUAUGUAUAUCAUACCUCUGUAGUUUUUGUUGAUAAAUAUAAACUGUCUGUAUUAAUGAGAUGCUGGAAGCCUGUUGUAUUUAUAUAAUAGUGCAUAUUUGUAUGAACACAACUAUCCUGUACUUGUAAAGAGCAUUUUAAAUUAUGAAUCCAAAAUUUGAUGAAAAUUAAAAGAAUGUUUUUGCUGUUA